UUCGCCCUGCAGCAUUCUGAUACUUACCUUGACAAGUGCUUAUGCCUUAGUUGCGAGUAAUCUGGAGCUAAUAUGGACGACGGUGGGCAACAUGGAAAUUCUAGACAUAAGGUGGAUUAUCCUUACAAGUUGAUGAACACUUUGUGGAAUAUGGCCCCCCAGCAUCAAAUGAAGGAAAAGAAUGCUUUAGCUAUGAAUCAGAAGAUAAUGAACAUCCUUAGAGAGAAGGAGCAGGCUAUUCAAGAAUGCAAAGAUGCGGAAGCUCAAACGAAGGCAGCAAUUGAUGCACGAAAUGAGGCCCUCAGGCAGCGUGAUGAGGCACUGAUUGAGCGUGAUAAGGCCCUAAUGGAGAGGGACAAUGCCAGAGCAGCACUUCAAUACUGGGAAAAUGCCAUCAACUUUACAAUGGUUGGGGGAAAUCAACACGGGUUGAAGCGCCUCCACCAGCAAUCAUACUCUCAGGCUGACAUAGCUGAAGCUCUUAAUGCGGAUGUACGUAUAACAGAUGCUUUUCCCAUAUCAUCCAUUACCGCUGAUGCCGUCAAACCACGCCAAGGAAAGCGCUCAAAAGAGGGUAAGGGAAUUGCAUCAAAGGGCUCAAGUACACAAAGGAAGGGGAAACGAGUAGGCGAGGACUUGAACGUGCAGGUGCUAUCACAUGGAAGGAAGGUGAGGUCCAAGUGGGACAGUGCUGAUGUCUGUUUGAACCUGGUUGUUUUUAACGGUUCCACCAUGCCAGUUCCAGUUUGCUCAUGUACAGGCAUUCCUCGGCAUUGCUAUAAAUGGGGAAAUGGCGGGUGGCAGUCAUCUUGCUGCACUACCACCCUUUCGAUGUAUCCGCUACCGCAGAUUCCGCACAAGCGUCAUGCCCGGGUGAGUGGUCGCAAGAUGAGUGGGAGUGUAUUUACGAAACUGCUCAGUCGGUUGGCAGCUGAAGGGCAUGAUCUGUCAAUACCCUUAGAUCUAAAGGACUACUGGGCCAAGCAUGGAACGAAUCGUUACAUCACCAUCAAGUAGAUCCCCAGGAAUCUUUUGGAUGAGAUGUGUUUAUAUUUGAGCCUUCUCUUUGUUUGAAAAUUGAAACUCGUGUUAUUGUCGGCAAAUGUUUCUCUGUUUCCGACCCAA